GAUGGAUGGAAGAAGCGUCUGCAGAGUUUGUUGUAGUUGCAUUCGUUUACUUAUCGAAUAACCACUAAAUUGUACUAGUUUUGACAAACAUCGUAAAUAUGCGCUAAAUUAAUUUAAUAUUUAUAAUAGAGUCCAAGCUUACUUGGAUUUAAAUAAUAUGUAAAGCUAAAAUCAAACAACAAAUUUUUUUAACCUCAAUCUAGAAAGAAUAAUAUUCUAACAUUAUUUUAUUAGUUAAAAACCAUUAACUUUUACAAUGGAUUUUACUUUAGAAAACUUGGAACAAGCCGUCCUUAGAUUUUACCAUACUGAUGCAUCCACUCAAGCUCAAGCCCACCAAUGGCUAACAGCAGCCCAAACAUCACCAAAUGCUUGGUGUUUUGUUUGGGAAUUGCUUCAGCCAACUAAGACUCCAGAAGUCCAGUUUUUUGCUGCAACUACACUACAUAUGAAAGUUAUGAAAAAUUGGUCAGAAGUUCCUGUUGAACAGUAUGAGGAUUUGAAAAAGAGGCUUUUGCAGGCAAUCAUCAACUAUGCCACUGGACCUAAGAUUGUACUCAACAGGCUUUGUAUUGCAUUGUCUGCGUUUAUCCUUCACACAACUCCAAAGUACUGGCCUGGAGCUAUCCCUGAACUUCUUGGGACUUUACAGCCGACCAACCUCCCCUCCGUACCUCCGGACAAGGCCCUAUGGAUCCUACUGGAAGUCCUCACUGUAAUCCCGGAAGAGUUUCAGAGUAUGCAGAUGACACAAAAUCAGAAGGUGAAUGCAAGACUGGAGCUCGAAAGAAGCAUUCCUCAAGUGGUAGGCCUGAUAGACUCUGUGCUGUCAGAGUCCAAGGACAGUCAGCUGGUCAGUCAGGCAGUACGUUGUGUGUCAGCCUGGCUACAGCUGGGUAUUCCAAUCAUUGAGUGUGACAACCUUAUCUCCAGACUCGUCCAGACAGUCACUACUUCACAUUCAAACACACAACUGGUAGAAUGGGUGUUGGAAGCUCUGAGUCAUAUGGUGAACCAUCCAACAUCACACAAGUAUCCGGCGGCUGUGCUCAACUUUAUAUCUCGUGUGUUGCCCAUUUACGACCUGGUAGUUCAUCAUGCUGACAAACCGGACCUGAUAUCGUCAGUGUACGGGUUGUUUGUCAGCAUGGGAGAGUCUCACCCCCGUCUUAUUCUCCACUCUCUGUUGACCGAGGCUAGAGACAGCUGUCUUCAACUCAUCAACAUCAUCCUGUCCUGCAGUAAUGCUGCGGGCCACUACCCCACGCACGAGUCCUACAGCUACCUGGGGUUCGGCUUCUGGUAUAUUCUCCAGGAUGAACUGAUUGCCUGUGACAUGGACAAGCACCAGGAGUUGAUGCCUCUGAUUGUACCAGUGUACACCAACCUGGCCGCAGUGCUGGUACAUAAGGCGGAGUUUCCUCCUGACAACAUGUCAAUCAGUACUGAGGACAAGGAGGCUUUCCGCUGCUAUCGACAGGACAUCGCUGAUACUAUGAUGUACUGUUACAAUGUGCUGAGGGAGCCGCUGCUAGUGUUGCUGCUAGACAGACUGCAGACAUGCCUGGUGUCAGAGGCAGGCUGGCAGCCACUGGAGGCUACACUUCACGGAGUGCUGUCUGUGGCUGAGUCAGUUAGUGUAGCCGAGGACCGACAUCUGCCGCAGUUCUUCGCCGCCUUGCCGUCCAUUCCUUUCAACAAACUAAACAUCAGAGUGGCCAUUACUACACUGGAUGUAAUAGGAGCAUAUGCAGAAUGGAUGAACUGCCACCCUACUACACUCCAACAAGUGAUACCACUGUUGAUGUUUGGACUGGAGAGUAGUGAUACUGCUCCCUCAGCCACCAUGAGUCUGAAGGAUAUCACACGAGAUUGUCAGUUACUGCUGGAGCCUCACUCUCAUCUCAUAUUGACAAGGGCAAUGGAGGUGUUGCGAGCUGGAACUCUGAAGCAGAAUGAGAGUGUGCGUCUGAUGUACUCUGUGGGAAGGGUGUUGUCAAUACUACCAUUGCAGACUAUCAUACAGUACCUGGAUAACGUCAUGCUUCCCUGUGUGGACGAGUUGCAACUGCUGUUAAACCAACCGGAUAGUGCAGAAGUUAAAGCAGCACUCUUGCUCAGGCUGAAGAUGCUGAGUAUGAUUUGCAACUCAUUAGACACGCAAGCUGUGGCUGGCCACACUGCCAGUGGAGGUAGUGGCGACACUGCAAUCGUACCCAUGGAACAGCCUGUAUACCUGGUAUUGGAGAAGGUACUACCUACCUUGACAGCUAUAGUGAACAAGUGGCAGCAGGACCCUUGUAUCAUACAGGCUGUCUGCUGUGUGCUGAAGCACGCUAUCAGCACACUAUUGGAGUGCUGCACACCCCUAGUACCUGCAGUGACUGAACUGUUAGCAGCCAGCUACAGACUCCACCCUCACUCCUCCCCUCUGGAGGUCAUUAGGCAGCUGUGUCUGUUGUUUGGUCGAGAGGGUAGUCCGCACCAGCCCCUGGUACAGUCCCUGCUGACCGUCACUGUACGCAACACACUCGAGCUACCUAUCACGGAACACACAGACGUAGCAGAGGCGUUCAUGCAGCUUUGCGCCAACCUGAUAAAGAAAAAUCCUUCCUUGCUCAUCUGUCCUCAAGACAUUGACAUGACGGAGCUGCUCACAUUUGCCAUCGCUGUGCUGGGUCAGCCAGAGUUGCCAACUGUCAAAGCUGCGUCGGUGUUCCUCACAAACCUGAUUGGUCUCAGUAGAGAGCAGCCUAAGCUGUUGACAGCAGUGCAGUCUACUGGGGAACAGCUGGUCCACAGGAUACUAAGGAAUAUUGGUGGAGAGUCACCCCGUGGGUGUAUAGACCCUUUGGCAGACCUGCUGUUGAUCCUCAACAAGAAGUACUGUGAUAACCUGAGUCGUUGGCUCUAUCAGACAAUAUCCAUCAACGGAUUCCCGUCGCCCAAGGCUUCCGUAGACAACAAGCAACACUUUGUCAAAAGUGUUCUCAAAGAGAGAGCCAACAAACGGAAGGUGCAGGAAAUCAUUCAAGAGUUCUCACUUAUCUGCCGAGGUCUGGUCGGGACAGAAUAUGCAGCUCAGUUGAAGGCUCAACACCUGUAGUUGGAUUGUCAACCAGGCCUAAUAGGGUUGUGCUUUUGAAGAGUUCCUCAAGUCUUCUUAUGUGAGCUUCCAAAAUUCAUUCUUCAAUUAAAAGAUAGUUUAAGAAUUGCAAUUUGUAUACAUUUAAGAAUGAUACAACGACUUUACCUUUAAGUUUUUUCUCUACUGUAAAGUGUGUCUGACUUCAUAUUUCUGUUUUGAUGGUGCUCGCUUAACAGUAAAUAAUUACUGUAAACUAUUACUUGUUAAAUUCAUCUUCAAUCUUUGUCUGUCAACAUAUUUAUUUCAGUCUUCGAAAUAUAUUAGAGGUAUUUCAGCUCAUGAGAUAUUUUAAUGAAAUAUUAUGAUUUAUGGUUGUAAAAAGAAGCAAAAUAAGGUGCAACCUGGCUGACUUACAAUCCUCCUAUCUCAUUUUACAACUAAAUACCCCUGCCGCAGCAAACCUUCUGACUAAGCGAAUUUCCAUUUUUCUAAAUUUAUUUUCAAUUAAAUCUAUUUAAAUAACAAUGGAACAUUGCUUUACUUUAGGUUUAAUGAGUAGUCUACCUAGGUUUGCUGUUACAUGAAAACUAUGAAUGAACUCAUUCAAGUUUAUCCCGCCUUACACCUUUGAACCAAAUUUAAUCAAAAUCAGACAAAAAUUACUCAAGUUAUUGCGUUCUCGGACAUAUAUAUAUAUCCAUAUAUAUAUAAAAUUAAAAUUAAACAUUACUUUAACAUACAUACCAAGUUUCAUAAAGAUUGGUUUGAACUAGGCCUAUAUAAAAAUACAAUUGUUUAUAUAAAAAUGCUAAACGGAGGAUAUCUAGUUAACAAAGCAAUUAUUCUUGAUUUUCUCUUUAUUUUGAUUCGGCCAUAGAACCAUUUCCCCCGAGUUUGGCUGUUUACUUACAGGACACCCUGUAUAAUAUAUAUUUUAAUGAAUAGUGUUUUUGACCUCUCUAUGGACAUCAGAACAAAAAAGUAAAUUGGUCCUGGGUCCAGGUAUACCAAUUACCAUGCUACCUACAUAGCUAAAUUUCACUAAAAGCAUUAAUAGGUGAGGUGCAGUUAUCACUUGAGCACUCAUAUCUCAAGUAAUUCAACUUUUUUAUGUGUAUCAGAACCAUAAUUUUAACGAAUAGCUAGUUACAGUAUUAACCUUUUACUAUUAGGAUUAGGGUAAAAAAUAAACAUAUGAUUGAUGCAAACCAUUGUUAAAUUUAGAGUAAUGUCUUUAGAUUAAAAAUUAAGAAAAAAAUUAAUUUUAAUUUUUCAAAACAUGUGUUGUAGGUACAUUAGUACAUUAUUGACUUGCGAUGCCAUAAGUGGGCUUCUCAGCCUAAAAAAAAACUCUCUGAAGCAUGCUUUGAAAUGGAUUUUAUGCCCACUACACUGUUUUAACAAACUUCCCACACAGGGAUUUAGUCCAGAAAACAACUGUUCAACUCCAGCUUAAUCAAAUGGGGUUUCAUUACGCACUACAGUGUAGUCCCGAUAACCCAAACUUCGGUAAUCCAAAAGUCCGCUUAAUAAAAAAAAAGUUUUUAAUUAAUAUUUUUAACCAGUACGUGCUGUCACUUAUCGUGGAAGGUCGAAACUACUAGCACCGUAGCGUGACGAUGUUAAUGCAGUUUAUUGUAGACACAAAAAGCUAUGACCCAAUACUUGCUGUCACCCAUUGGGAAAAGCCGAAACUGUGUGUAACGACAGUUAGCUAUACCUCGUCGAAGUAUUCUGUAGCGUAUAUAGUAUUUCGGCUUGUGCAGGCACU